GAGAGAGAGAGAGUGUGAGAGAGAGAGAGAGAGAGAGAGAGAGAGGAACUGAGCCUGCUAUUACAUCCAUCACAGCAGCAGCUCGCAGACGCAGCAGCAGCAGCAGUCCAGCCAGCAUCCAGCAUCCAGCCCACCUCGCCGCGUGCCUGCUACUAUAGCACCUGUGCGCAACUUUCACUGGAGUCUCUCUUUCAUCUCCUCGCAGCGUGUUUUUUGUGUGCGUGAUUCUCUGUGCGUGAGCGCGCGUGCAACAUUUACAGCAUGCCCCGCGUUCGGCAAUUGCGCUCCAAUCGCACUUGCGCGGCUUUGAUUUAAAUGCGUUGAAUCGUCUCUUUUUUAUCAGGGGGGGUUCCUUUUCUUUUGGAAAGACGUCGUUUCUCAGCUAAUGCGAGAUCCGCGCGCUCUGUGGAACGAUGUGGACCUUACACGACAGUGUUGGAUUUGUUUUCUUUUCCUGUUUGUCCAUCCAGAUCGGAUUUUCUCUGCAAGGAAAGUUUACGGAUCUGCCUUCCAACAUUACUGCGAGAGAGGGACAAAACAUUGAAAUGGCCUGUGCCUUUCAAAGUGGGACAUCUUCUGUUUACUUGGAGAUUCAGUGGUGGUUCAUACGAGCUCCAGAGGAACCCAGUACUAGCGAGGAGGAGGAGGAUGAGGAAGAAACUGAGAUGGAGCUGGUACCAGAGCCUGACCCGGACGAUGAAGGAACUAAAAUAAGUACAGUCAAGGUCCAAGGCAACGACAUUUCCCACAAACUGCAGAUCUCACGGGUGAGCAAGAGCGACGAGGGGCUGUACGAGUGCCGAGUCACCGACGCCAACUACGGAGAACUUAAGGAGUACAAAGCCCAGGCCUACCUGAAGGUCAACGCCACAGUCCGCAGAGGACUCAUCAAGAAGACGUCCCCCCUGCACCUGACGGAUAAGAAGCCCCGGAAGAGCUCGGCUCUGGGCCAGGACAGCAACGGCAUGAGUUCAGACCAGCGUUCCCAGUCCACCUCUACCUCCCAGUCAUCACAGUCUAAAACAGUGAAACACAGCGCAGGGUCAGGUACCAGGAUAUCUACGAGCUAUGGACUUGCUAUCCUGCUUUUCGCUAGCAACUGCGUGAGGGGAGCUUUGCUAUAGUCGGUGACUCUUCUUUUUUUUUGUUUCCAGUUCCAACAGUCCUUCUUAAAGCCAAGAGAAAAGAAAAAAAAUAAUCACUUGCUAUUUCCAUGGAGUGGAUGGCACAGUUGUCUCUUACAUAAAACCAAUAUUUGCACCCCAAAUGUUAUAAUUAUCUUCACCAGAGUCACUUUUUUUUUCUUUUUUUUUUUCAAAAGCCGUGGAGGAUAAGACUGUCUUCUUGGACUUAUGUUUUUUUUUUUUUGUGCUCCACAUGAUAAAAACACAACACGGACGCAAGGAAUUAUGGGCUACCUUUCACCC